UAGAAUAUUUUCACCUAUAAAAUAAAACCCGACCGUCGGGCAGGGGGAUUUGAAAAUCUGACAGUACGGGUUAAAAUCAACCAGUCUCGGACGGUCGGGCAGGCAGGUAUUUCGAACGCUGCACCAACCCCUCCAGCCACCUAUAUUUAGGUACAUUUUAGUUCACUGUUCUGUUUCAGCAUGCAUGUUCCAGUGUUUUUCUAUUGAAUUCAAUUAUGCGUUUUUAUUCUAUUUCUCCAGUCUGGGUCAUCUUAAAUAAGAACCCCUCUCCGCCGCCUGCUCAACGCCAUUCUCCCGUCAACACGUCAAGGCCAAAUGAUGACAGCACUUUUGUAAUCUGAUACGACAUCUCCAAAUAAACUGCAGCGCGGCCCCGGAACAAAUCCCUUCAGUGAAGGUUCACAUGAACAAAUCUCCCACCUCCUAACUGAUAAAGACGAGGACGGCUGGAUAAUUAAUCUGCAAGCUGUUUGUAACAGACGACACGUUCUUUACUUCCGGCUGGGAAUGCAUUUAUAUUAUACAAUAUCAUCUUCAAUUAGUUCCAACUAUUUUAUCAUCAAGCGUGUCAAAUAGGCAUGGACGUUGUGAAACAAACAAUGAAGACAUAUGGCACACAAAAGAGCUCGGCACAUGUAAGAGUUUACUGGCUAAAGUUGAUGGAAUAUUCCAGUGCAAACUGUGUCCAGAAUCAACGUCACGGCGGUACAAUGUCAAGGAAGGACACAUCAACAAGCACACACAACAUGCCGUCAAAGUUGGGGAUUUAUGGGUGUUAAGCUGCUUUUUGGAUUGUACUCCGAAACAAGACCGGUGCCAUUACCACUGCCCGUGUGGUAAACUCUUUCGGAGAAAGUUCACAUUUGUCCGACACACGACCACGGUUUGCCCUUUUGUUCUGACAACAAACCAGACAGCUUCUGAGGAAAGAACUUCAGCAGAGUCCCCUAACAUCCAAAAAGUGAAGAGAGAGCAAGUUCCGAAAGAGACAUGUUUUGUCUGCAAUGCAAUGAUCUCUAAGAAAAACAUUAAAAGACAUAUUGAGACACACAAUGCACGGGAUGAAUUGAAAACCAAGUCAUACCAACGUGGAAUAUGCGUUGAUAAACACCGCGGUCUCUACAUGAUCAGCAAGUCCAGUAUCGGUCCAGAUUACCCACUUCAUGUACAAAUGAACACUGUCACACAGCAGAUACAAUGUGAACAUGAAAAUUGCAAUUUAGCUUUGGGUGUUGCAGCAAGGGGCAAUGUAGGUAUUUAUCAGUGCCCCCAUUUGCAAUCAGUUAUGUUUGCAAGUGAAUGCCCGAAAGAAGUACACCUCCAGUCAGAACAUGCUGAAAAUCUUUGUCAACAGAAGGUAAUACAUUCUACUAACAUGCAGGUUGCCCAGAAGCUUGUAGGCACUGCAGAACAAAGCAAAAUACCUGUCGUCGUUUUAUGGGAGCAGAAGCACUCUGUAAACAGCGUUUAUUUCUCCGUGUAUGAUGGAACGAAGGAAUACUGGGCUAAACUCGGUCGCGCUGUAGUCACAUUCUUCAAGGACAAAGGACAGCUGAAUUGCGUUUGCUGUAAAACCACCAAAUCUUGCGUACACAAGACUCUUGUCAAAUGGUAUUUGGCACAGGAACACCCAGAGUUGCUGCACAUUAGCUCCAAGGGAAGCGGUUACAUCUGUAGUGAGAAUGAAGGGGUAUCAGUUGGACAUUAUCGUAGCGAGGAACCAACAACAUCGGUCACCUUUGAAACCCGAACCUUACAAGAUUCCGGAAGCAGCUUCUGUAAGACAUACCCACCAUCCGGACAAGGUGCACGUUUAAUGGCCAAUUAUCUAAUGUCCAGGAAGAAAAUACCACCAGAUUUUAAAGUUCCGGAAAAUGCCCAAUUAGGACAUCUAGAAAACCUGUCGCCUAUCGAAACACAUUGUGUAAUGUGUGCAGAUGGAGGAGAACUUGACCAGUAUCUGGUAACCAGAAAGGGGAAGAUAUACGAUAAAGGUCAUGUGUAUACAGAUAUAGCUGUUUUCAUAAAGAAGUGCAAAGCGUGCGGUCACUUCUACAGGUACCAAGAGCACAGGGAUGGUAUACACAAUUUUGACGACCACGUGUUCCUGUCAGUUCGCCUGUGCCACUGGUUCAGAGUUAACUUGAAGAAUCAUACAGCCGUAGGAAGGGCUGCCGACAUCUUAUCAGAAGAUUCCGGCUUACAUUUUCCCGGAGACAAAAUGUUACAGGGAUAUCUGCACUUUGAGGCAAUGUGCGAUCACAAGUACAACUUUACCUGUGACAUCUGUGGCCGUUUUCCAUGUUGCCUGGUGACAGAUGCAAAUAGGAAAUGUGCAUUUCCAUUAGCAUUGUCACAAGUACCAGGGACAGAAACAGCUACAGAUGGAAUCAACAUGGAUGUGUUUUGGAGCCAAACGGUGGAGGCGUCUAUUUUACUUCGAGGUUUUGGAAAAGAAGCAGCCAACGUCGGGCGUGUUACACCUAGUUAUGACAACUGGGCUCCUUUCAUUGGAUUAGCCAGAAAAGAUGAAAAUGCUUUCAACACUGAAGCUGAAAAAGUACGAUCUCUCAGAACCCAUCUUCAAGAUACAGAUUUUGAUACAGGGGAUAAGGAACUGACUGAAGAUUUCCUGAUCCAAAUGUUAUGUGAAAAGAAGGUUCUGGAUGUACGGCACUGGUGUACAAAGAUGGAAGUAGACGCCAAAGGGACCAAAUUAGAGAUGAUCAACAGCUUGAAGGAAAAGUUGAAAAGCAAAUCAACCUUCAACAAGUUAUUUUCAAGCAUAUGGGGCCAUUCUGGUGGAUGGGUAUCAGCGUCCUGCCCCCAUAGAAUAGUGUACGCGUUCAAAGCUAUUCUGAGGCCUGAAAGUGUCAGAGACCAUGUCGACAUAAUUCUAUCUAUGUCAAGACAACCGCCAGUCAUCAUUAGUGACGUAGCCCCAAUGAUGUCACGCCAUGGUAACAAGCGGCGGAAGAACAUGUUCUCGCCCAACGAAGGACGCUUGGGUGAAGCGACUGCAGACAACAUAAAAAAAGCUAAGGAGGGGGUAUUUUCAAAGAGUAUACCUUGCAUGAAGGAAUGGGUGACAGUAGCACCAGUCUCCGACAAUGAAUUGCCAACCUCAAAUGAAACGUUCUGUUUGCUGGAUAGGUUUCAUGAAGGGAAUACAAAAUCAGAUGAGGAACUCCUAAGGCGUAUAACAUUUGUUCCCGAAAUGAAGGGCUCAAUAAAUUCACAAGUUGAAGAGCAGCUGCACAGGGAAAUGAACCGGAACAACUACUUUCUAGAUUCGAUGUCGCCGGGUAACUACAUGUUUGUCCUGCGAUUGCUUCUACAUUUUCACAAUGAACAUACAAACAGGAAAAUGACAGAAGCAAUCAAAGGAAAACUGAACACAGACAUUUCGUAUGGUGAAAUACGUCAUGACAAGUUUGGCCGCCUGCAUCUUUCAGAUUUGGACAAUGCAGCAGAAAAAGAAGAGAAAACAGACCUUUGGACGAGGACUGAAGACGCACAGAAGCACAAGAAAAUAUCGCUCAAAUAUCACAAAGUUACCUUGAAACAACUGCAAGAAGCACUGCAGAAGGCUAGUCCAUCAAACGUGACAACGUUUUGCCAAGGGACAUCAGAACGACUUCUGGCCUCGGUAACCGAACACGGGCUGCGUUUUAGAGGGAGAACUCCCGGAGAUGGCAACUGUUUUUUCCACGCAGUUGUAGAUCAGCUUCAACGCCUCGAUACCAGAUCAGUGUUUGACCACAGGGGACUAAGGAUGGCAGUAGUUGACAGCCUACGGAGGUAUCCUUAUGAAGGAGGCACACACCUAUCCAAUUUUGUCGAUGUGCAACGGCACAAAACCUGGAACCUUUACUUGGAGGCCAUGUCUACACCGGGUGAAUACGUUGAUCACCUUGUAGUACAGAGAACAUCGCAGUUUCUCAAAAAGGACAUUGCCGUUUUCACAAGUUCCGAAGAUGGAACCGCGUCCGACAGCAAUGUUGUAAUGAUAUGUGGUGGACCAGGAGCGGCUAUUAUGUUAGGUCACUAUCAUGAAGCACAUUAUCAAAGUCUAGAUUUCCAACGUGCUGGACAAGUGGAAUAUUCCACCGCGCAAGCAGAUUCAUCACCAUUGCCAGCGGAGGAUGUGUUUCAAGAUAUCUGUAAUGAUGACAGAAGAUUGGACGAAAUAGUAGUGACGAUAGGUCCCUACCGAAUAUCAAAAUUGGAUAUUCUGACAAUAGCACCAAUACUUCCGAAAGAAACAGAAGACCAGCUGAGAGUGAAAAUUGACAAAGAGACCAGAUGGACUGUGGGCUGGUUAAAUGAUCAGAUAAUAAACGUCUUCUUGUAUGUGCUGUGUCAAAGGCGGGGGAGAAACGCAGCUUUAUCAAGCCAAGUUAUAGAGGGAUGGCAACAUUUCAAGUCCAAAAGGAGACGCCGGGCGCCACUUGUUCAAAAGGAAAAACUCUCGGAAGCAGAGAAAGUGUUUAUACCGAUUCACAGACAUGGAAGCCAUUGGACAUUGCUGGUGUUGGAUGUACAAGCCAAACGAAUGCGCUUCUAUGACCCCUUGAACCGGAGAUUAGACGAAGACGUGGUCAACACAACAAGGUAG